AUGGAUAGAAAAAUAAGAAAAGUAGAGAUUGAAAAUAGACAGUUUUGUCCUGAGUGGAUGGACUUAUAUUGUUUUAUUUUACCAAGUAGGGUAGGUGCCAAGCCGGUGUGUUUGAUUUGUCACCAAACAGUGGCUGUUAUGAAACUGUUUAAUAUCAAACGUCAUUAUGAGACACACAAGUCAUUUGCCGAAAAAUCCCCAUUGGGUACUGACCUUCGUAAAACAAAAAUUGAAAAUCUACAAAUGAAAUAUAAAUCGGCAACUCAAAUUUUGAGCCACGCAAUGACUGAACAACAAAAAUGUGCUCAAGUUUCUUUACAAAUUUCGUGGACACUUGGUAAACAUAUGAAGCCAUUUACAGAUGCUGAUAUUGUUAAAGAAUGCAUGCUUCAAUCUGUAAGUCUACUGUUUGAAAAUAAAAAGGAAAUUGUCGAAACUUUUCGUCAUAUCCCCAUAUCAGCAUCCACUAACACGAGAAAUACCGAAAUACUGGCCAAAGAUAAUCACAUUCAGUUGAAACAAGAUCUAUCUACAGCUGAUUUUUAUUCUUUGGCCUUGGAUGAAUCUUGUGAUAUCACAGAUGCAUCUCAGCUUAUAAUUCACGUGAGAUACCUGAACAAUACCAGUGGGAAAUUUUACGAAGAGUUGUUGACACUUUUGUCGUUAUCAGGGACCAGCAAAGGAAAUGAUUUGUACAAUUCUGUAGUAUUGUAUUUUGAAACAGAAAAUUUAAAUUUGAAAAAAAUUAUCUCUGUUACAACUGAUGGUGCACCAGCGAUGAUUGGCACUCAUCAAGGCUUUGUUCAAAGAUUAAAAAACGAUCCUAAAUGCAACCCUGAUCUUUUAUCGUACCAUUGUAUUAUUCAUCAAAGCGUCCUUUGCUGCAAACUGGAUCCGUGUUUGGAAGAAAUUAUGAAAAAAGUAAUGAGUAUUGUCAAUUUUAUACGUGCAAAAUCUUCACUCCAGCACAGAUUAUUUAAGGCACUUCUUCGAGAAAAUGAUAGUCAGUUUGACGAUUUAUGA